UCUCACACUGAUGCUGGGGGGAGGAGGAGACUCUUCAGCACAUUCACCUCCUGCUCCUGGAUGAGGCUUUUCUGUAGCUUUAUCUCAGACUCGGGUAAUCCCUGCAGCCCCCGCUGCCCCCAUGUGACUGACAGCCGCACACAUCUGGGCAGCCAUCUAUUGUCUCUGCCGCUGCCAGCCCCCUGAAUGGAGAGAAGGGCCCGAGCCUCAAUGCUUCCAUUGCUGCUGGCUCUGCUGCUCCUGCUCCAGAAAUCGUUCCUUUUCCAAGUGACGGUGACAGAUGACAACUUGAUCCUCAUCUCCUUGGAGGAGUCAGAUGUGACGUCUUCAUCCUCGGUGUAUGUUGUGAAAAUCACCGGGGAAUCUAAGAACUACUUCUUCCAGUUUGAAGAGUUUAACAGCUCACUGCCGAAUCCUUUGGUUUUCAAUGCCAGUUACCAUGGACUUUAUUACAUAAUCACAUUAAUGGUGAUAAAUGCCAACCUGGCUUCAAGACCAGCAAGAUCAGUGACUGUUCUUACCAAACCGCUUCCGGUCAGCCGGGUUGUUAUCCAUGACUAUAAACCCUCACCAGAAACGGGAGUCGUAUUCGAGGUUUAUUAUCCUGAAAAAUUCAACGUCUUCACGAGAGUCAACAUCAGCUACUGGGAAGGGAGAAACUUCCGCACAAUGUUGUACAAAGAUUUUUUCAAGGGUAAAACUGUGUUCAAUCACUGGCUGCCGGGAACCUGCUACCGUGAUGUUACCUUCCAGCUGGUGUCGGAAGCCUCCUUCAAUAAGAGCACCUUAGUGGAGAGCAGCGGAAUCGGGCACACGCCACAGCAGCACAGGACCGGUCCUUACCCACCAAGGAACAUCUCCAUACAGAUUUUGCUGCUGAACCAGAGCCAGGUUGAGGAUUUGCCUCGUGGUGUCUUUCCUUCUGGAACAGCUGGAUAUGAUCCCUUGCCAGAGAAGGCGGACAUGUUGGAGGAUCAGUUUGAGAGCUCAGCCGCCAUCUCAUCCUAUAACUGGAGCGACUAUAAACCCUCGAACAUUGUGACCACGUCAAAGCCCUACUGGUGGGUAAACCAAAGUGUGACCCCCGACAGUGACGGUUUCGUGAAUGAAAUCCCCCUCAACUAUGGCAAUCAGACCCUCCUGAUCUCCUCCUCUGAUGACACCCACGACCAGCCAGCUCCUCCCACAUUCAGGCUCCUAGUCAACUGGUUCCCUCCAAAGCCCCCGACCGCCUUUGAUGGUUUUAACAUCUACAUCCAGAGAGAUGACAAUACAUCAGAUGUGUCUACAGUGGAUGAGAACACUCAUGAAUUUGUAACAGAACUAAAGGAACAUGGGAAAUACAAGCUAACAAUAAGAACCUUCAGCUCCUCCGGGUCCUGUCCCACUCGAGAGAGUGAUUCCUCCAAAGCCGUGAGUUUUUAUAUCAGUCCAGAAGGGAAAUGGUUUGAAGAACUGACAGAGCGACCAGAGAAUGUGACGGUGAACGCUCUCAACUCUACGGCGGCCAUAGUCUUGUGGACGUCAUCUCUGACCAGCAGCAAUGAAUUUCUUGUGUCUGUCAAAUCCCAAACUUGUAAGAAACAGAAGGAAAGUCAGCGAGUGGAGAAGCGAUACUGUAAAGAGGUAAAUAUCACCAGUAACCUGAUAACUGACCUGGUCCCGGGUGCCCAGUACCGAGUGGUGGUCUACCUGCAGAGAACUCCAUUACUGGGGCCUCCGUCUGACCCCGUCCUCUAUUCACUGGAACCCCCUGGAGUGCGAGACGUGGUGCUUUACCCUCUGGGACCGUCAUCUGUUGUGUUAAGUUGGACGCGACCGUACCUCAGCUCCUUCCGGAAAUACGUGGUGGAGAUGUUUUACUUUAAUCCCGUCACAAUGACCUCAGAAUGGACGCCAUACUAUGAAAUCGCAGCCACUGUCUCUUUAACAUCCACCGUGAGACUCAGCAACCUGCUCCCCGCCUGGUAUUAUAACUUCAGGGUGACUAUGAUAACUUGGGGCGAACCAGAACUGAGCUGCUGUGACACCUCCACUCUGAGCUUCAUAACAGCCCCUGUAGCCCCACAGAUCGGACAUGUGGAAUACGUCAGACAUCUCCUAUACGUCACCUGGCGAUACGGGGAGACGCCCUUGGAUUUGUCGCACUCGCGGAUGUUGCACUGGGAGGUGACGGCUGAAGGAAGGAAGAGAAUAAAGAAAAGU